AUGCCCCCACCCACGUCGCCAGAGAAUAACGAGCCCCAAAGAGGACUCACGCUUCCUGGUCUAUUUGAGGGUAUCCGCAACAACUCGAACCUACGCCACCUCUUAUCCCGGGACUUCUUUGCCCGUAUGAACGAGGUUCUGGCCAAUCUUUUGAAUCGAUACACUGACGAACAAAACCGCCAAAACCUGACCCUGACUGCUCCUGAUCAGUCUCCACAAUCUAGCCGCCUGUCUGUUCAGCUCCUGCCUGACUACUAUAGACAAGCGGACCAAAGUCACAUUCGAACCACGGCACUCCCUGCCGAGAUCCGUAACUUAGCAUCCCCCGUGCGUUUCUUGGUGAUACCCGACUUGGAAAGCGACAUGGAUUUGGAUAUUGAUCUAGACGAAAGCCCCAGGGCCGCAUCUUCCAAUGUUGGAUCUAGAGACGGCAUGAGUGCUUCUCACCCUGAGUCUUCAGCUCCUCCGUUCCAUUUGUUCCUAGGCUCUUCAACGCGUGAUGAUAAUGGAAGCACAUCCAGCUGGAGCUCCGAUAAUGACGCAGAGUUUGAGGAACCUUCUGAUCAGGAGAUUGACGAUGAGGCCCAGGAGGAUUUUGACGAGGAUAGCAUCAGCGACGAUGCAAGCAUUGAUGAAGAAUAUGCACGUAAUCCCGAAGAAGCUAGAAUGGAGGCACAUUCGAAUCUCUUGGAUAGCAUGCAGCUGGCUCAACGUCUACUUCUUUCUUCGGCACGCCAAAACCCCACAAACCGUAAUACCCUUAUUAUUGCUCCAGAGUCAAAUCGAAUCACUGGUGGUGUUCCUUUAAGGCGUCAGAACGCUAUCAGAGUGAAGCGCCGAGAGGAAACCUCCCCACAGAAAUCGUCGGAGGAGGUCGCAAAAGCGUAUCACGAAGAGUUUCAGGAUGCGAUCUCCAAAAUUAAAGCUUCCUCCCAUUUCCCUGGAAAGUCUCCUAUCUUUAGCUCCGGCUCACUUUCUUCUGGUAAGAAAUCGCCUCCUUUGCUAAGACGCUGGGGAACCCUACGCCAUCUGUCACGCAAAUCGAGUCUAGAUUCUCAUAUGGACAGAUUCCUCAGCCAACGAAGAGCUGGGAAACUAUGGCCGGAGCCCUCAACCCCCGAUUAUGAGCAGCUUUUAAAGCGCCAUCAUCGCCUCGAUACGAGCAUACGCUUCCAGCGUUAUGCUGACCCAAAUGCCUCUGAAGCUACAACUAAAGUCAAAAAGCUUCGUAAACGUUCUAGCUUGAAAAGGAAGCUUGAGUCUGAUGAGUCAAACAUCAAAAAGAGAAGGAAGACCAGGUCUGGCAAGGAUCAGCUCCUUCAGUACGAUGUCUUUGGUGACAAGAUUGAUGAGAAUCAACUCCUGAAUGAUGAGAAAUAUAGAAUCCUCAGUGGGUUGGAUUGCUCCUUCUUGACCAGUGGGUCUAGCUUUUCGCUCGGCCCUCUCAUAGACUGCCAUUCGAAACGCAAUACCGAUGUGCUAGACUUGAACUUCACGCACGUUGAUAACGAAAAGAAAACUAUGCAUGGGUAUUUCAAUAUCAGCAACGAUGGCUCUGAUGUGAAUGAUUUCCACCUCCUUUCCAACUUUAUAUCUUACCUUUGCGGUGGAAUCCGUUCUCAGUAUUUGUUGAACUGCACCAACAAGGUGAUUCAAUCUAAAGCAUCGCUUUUGAAUGAUGCGUUCAUGUUGGGUCUUUCAAAUUCCGGAAUGAAAAAAGAGAAGAUUUCGGAGUCGAUUCAAAAGUCGUUGAAUGUGCCAUUCUAUGGUAACAUCGUCGAUUUCGACAAGGGCGACCUCCGAUUUCUAGACCAGACAAAAAUGAAAUCUCACAAAUCAAGUGUUAGUCAGUCCUUCCACCAUUCAAGAGUAAGAAAUGAGCAAGUCAAAUUGCAACUUCUCGAGUGGUUACGCAUAAGACCGUUUAGCAACUUCGGUGAAACAUUCUUUUUGAACUAUCUUCAUUUCAUUGAAAGGCGCCUACGGGAUUUUGACAGAUACACAAGGCAUGAGCAAGAACUCACGCUAGAGUUCACUCAUCAGUUUAAGGAGCUGAUCUACGAGGUUUCAAGAGGAUAUGAAUUUGUGACCGAUGAAAUUCCAAUGUACAGAGAUAAGUUCCAGAAGGCAAUGUGGGAUAUCACUGAAAGGUUCGAACACGAGCCCCGUUGUGACCUUCCCAAAUCAUUCUUUCUACUCGAAUGGGAGUCGAAACUUUGUGAGAAGCUCUGUGAGCAUAUCACGCAUGAAGACUCGUGUCUCUUUAAUGUUCAAUUGAACUAUGCACUUUUUGUCAUACGGGUCGACGUUUCGAAGACAUUGGAUCAAGUAUUCCACCGUUUCCUCGAGAAUGUCGAUGAAUCAAACAAGGCUGGCCUUAUGAAAAGAUAUGAAAAACUCAACAGAGAGUCCCUCCCUGCUGAAGCCAAAGAAGCUGUUUUUGUAUGUUCUGUGAACAGAAAGACAGGCCGUUUGGAGAUGCAAAACACAAGGCUGUACCUCGACUAUAAAUAG